GCGAACUCAUUUUAUUUGAAAGUUACACUUAUAAUACAUACGAAGAGUGUAAACGGUUCUUAAACCCGUGACAGUCUCUGCCUCCCACUGCCUCCCACUGACGCUAAAAUAACCGCUGUGACCAGAAAGGCGACAAAUAAAUCAGCAUGAGUUCUCCACUCACAGUCGGGAGCCCUGGACCUGCAGCAGGGGCACCUGCAAUGGAGACAGUCGUUGUGGUAGCCCUAGGAGCACUCGCUGCUGUUUUCCUUGGCGCGCUUUUGGUUUUACUUGUGAUUUGUAGAAGACAGCGCUGUUACUAUAAGCACAAAGACUCCCAAGAUUUGAACUCGGACCUACUAGAAGGUGAAAAUGGGGGAGCUCUAGGCUUAGAAGCCUGGGAAGGCGAGGAAUGGCUAAUUGAUGCUGAAAGGUGGGUUGACGAUGCGACUGGCUUGGCUCCACCAUGUAUAGCGGUGCUUAGAUCCUGCCAUUCCUUGGCUGCCAGUCUUACAGCAAUCGCUGGAACAGUGAACAGCAAUACUGUGCCCCUGGAGAUCGUUGACGUUGCUAGACGUAUACCUCCAAGGGUUGAUGAUGUUGUGCGCAGCCUUUACCCACCUUUGGAUGCCCGUUUGCUGGAAGCAAGAGUUGCUGCUUUAGUUUUAGCUGUGACUCACCUGGCUCUUGUUACAAAACAUGGAAUCCCCAAGAGCCAGGCAAGGAAAUUGGCAUUUAUCGAUCAGGCCCUCAACGAUAUGGAUUCGCAUCUCCUGGUUUUAAGGGAUGCUGCUUUGGCUCAAGAAGCUGCCUGUGCUAUCCCAGCAUCUACCCCCGUCUAAUUUUUUUAUGAAAUGGUGGUGGAAUGGAAAAAUUUUUUGCUUACAAUGCAAAGCUUGAUUGAGAAAUCAUACAGGUAGAAAUGACGCUGAUCCCAAGUUAGACAUCAUUGGUUGUAAAUAUGUAGCAAUUUCAAGAGAAGUUGUGAAGAAUAUUCGUCCAAUAAUGAACCGAAAAGCUAUCCCGAAUCUCUAGUAUACUAAAACGAGAUCUGUUGAAAGAACAAUCUCUUCUCAUUUUGAGCAAACCAUAUGAUUCCACGUGCACACGUGUCGACAUAUUUUGCUUUUAUUACUAAUGCCAAGAGUGAUUGUAAGCUGAGCAGGGAUUUAUGUCAUGUCUGCAGGGGACUGGCUUACUGAUCAAUCGGUAUUACUCAUAAGUAUUUUUAUAACAUUUGAGAUAGUGCUUCCAUUUUAACAUGCACAUACAUAUACUCAUCUACAAAAAACUCAUUUCAUAUACAUGACGAUCGUACAAUGUCGCGGCAUUACCAUUUAUCGUUAACACCACAUGGUGACUAAAAUAUUCUAUUCCUGUUAUACAUAUCAAUAAUUAUCAAACGAUAUGCAAAUAUUUUGUAUUCACUGAUCAGCGUUGACUGAGUUAAAUAUAUAUAAAAAAACAAAUUUCGUAAAAAAAAAUAAAAUCUAUAAAAAAUUUUAUAAUGUUAAA